AAAUGUCUUUGCGGGCAAUUGUAAUGAUGGGCGGGGCCUUUGCGCUUGAUUCUAGUGGGUAAUUGGGCCAGAACGAGUGACGUAACGGCACAGAACAUAAACAACACAAAAGCCCAGAGAGGCGGAUGUGGUAAAUGACAGGUGAUGGCAUUGCGCAGGCGCAGUUGGCAACGCGAUGAGAACAGACAGGGGCAACGUUUAAGAAGUACUUGGCAUUUGGCCGUGGUCAGCCCCUGUCCUCAGUGUGGUGCUGGGCGCUAGGUGGCACCUGUUUCCCCUCAUCCAACUCUAUUGUUAUGUUCGGCAGCAACUGGUUGAUGUCAAUGGCGGCAUCUUGGUGACAGGCAGGGAAUGCAGAAGAUGGCGCAAAGAGUGGGGGAGGAGGAGCGGGGAGCCUCUGGGCUGAGGAGAAGCGGCGCGCAGUGUGUAGAGGCCCGAGAAAGAGACGAGCGGGUCCGAGACUUACAGGAGAUGUUACAGCAGAGCCUGAGCAGCUACCAGACGGUACUUAGUUACGUGCAGGCCGUACUCGUGUGGGAGAAACCCCGGCACAGUGCGCUGCUCCACCUGGGCCUCAAUGCAGCUUUCUGGUUUUUUGCUUUGACCUCACUCAGAAUGCUAUUUUUCGUGGCAUUUGGGCUAAUGAUAAUCAUUUGUGCAGACCAGUGGAAGAACAAGUUAUGGCCUGAACUAGGAGUUCUGCCUUUUGGUCUGCAGCUUCCUGACAUUCCUAGCUGUUCUUGGUGGAUACAUUCCUGGUGUUGUUCUGUCAUAUUUGCUUUAUUUUUGCUGCGUGUAUGUGCCAGCGAGUGCACUGAGCAUACAGCCUUCAAACCAUGAAGUGGAAUGGCUGGAAGAUCCCAGGAAUAACCAUUAUAAACACAAUCUUCAGCCCAUUAACCCAGUGUGAGAAUGCUUGGUGGAGAAUCCAUACCUGCAGGAGGACUGUUGUGUUUAUCUACAUAAAGAUAAUGUUAUAUGCUAUGUGCUUCCAGUUUAGCGUUACUGAACCUUUAGAUAAAUUGAUGCUAUAUACUGGGUGUGUGAUUCAUUGAACCCCCCAAAAGUCUGUAUAUAUUAUUUGUUUGUUAAAACAGUAGACAAUUGAGAUUUUGAGUAUCGUUUAUUGCCCAGGAACAAAGUGAAUAAGAAUAAACCUUGGCAGGUUGUUCUGCUUCCAACAUUUUUUUCAAUUCAGUUGUUUUCAGAUAGUUCAGAAAUCGACUUUUUUUUCAAUUGCUAUUUACUAUUUGUGGCAGCUCUGAGAGGGGAUCAGACUCUGUAAACUGUUCUAAAUUGAUACAUUAGUUGCUAUAUUCCUUAUCUUUGGCCCUGCUAAGUACAAUAUCUGAGUUUCAUGAAAGGCUAUGGAUAUAAUAGAUACAAUAGUUGCUUGUAUUCCCACAGAUGCUUCUGAGAAAUGUAUCAACUCACGUAGCAAACUGUAACACUUAACAGAUUCUGCACCUGGAUUACUGAGAUGUCAGACAGGACAUUAAAGGGAACCUGCUACUGUAAGAAAUAAUUCCCAAUUCAUUUUUACUGUUUGCCAAGCAAAAUAAACUUUACUUAAACUAUA